GCUCUGCUCAGUGUUGAGUGAGAAGGUGACACGACAGGACUUGACUUCCAUCCGAAGGAGGAGCCAUUGUCCCCAGGGCAACACACAUGGAGCAGUGGGGAAAAACAAACUCAAAAGUUCAAUUUCUAGUUUAGGUCUGACUUCCUCUGAGAUGUCAGGGGACUCUGCGGCCGUCGCCUCCUUUGCGGUCACAGACUAUGUCGUGUUUGCUCUCAUGCUCCUGGUGUCGGCUGCCGUGGGGGUCUACUACGCCUGGGUGGACAGGGGACAGGGAAGCUCGGGGGACUUCCUAACGGGUGGCCGAAGACUGACGGCCCUGCCCGUCUCACUGUCCCUGACUGCCAGCUUCAUGUCAGCCAUCACAGUGCUGUCCAACCCGGCCGAGGUGUACCGCUACGGAGCCAAUAUUGGAUAUUAUGGGCUCUCCUACGCGAUGACAAUGGUGGUGACAUCUGAGAUCUUUCUCCCGGUCUUUUACAGGCUGGCCAUCACCAGCACGUAUGAGUAUCUGGAGCUGCGUUUCAGCAGAGCAACCCGUCUGCUGGGAACCGUGCUCUUCAUUGUUCAGACGAUCCUCUACACUGGAGUAGUCAUUUAUACCCCAGCUCUUGCUUUGAACCAAGUAACUGGCAUGGAUCUGUGGGGGGCCGUCAUUUCCACAGGCGUGGUCUGUACCUUUUACUGCACAAUGGGUGGGCUGAGGGCGGUGGUGUGGACAGAUGUGUUUCAGCUUGGUGUCAUGGUUGCGGGCUUCCUGUCAGUCAUCAUCCGGUCCGUGGUCGUACAAGGUGGCAUCCUUCCCGUCAUUUCAGACUCACGAGAUGGAGGGAGGCUCAACUUUGGGGACUUCGACACAAGCCCUCUGAGGAGACACACAUUCUGGACCAUUACCGUUGGAGGGACAUUCGUCUGGAUCAGUAUCUACGGGAUCAACCAGGCCCAGGUUCAGAGAUACGUCUCCUGCAAGAGUGUGACACAUGCCAGACUGUCUCUCUACAUCAACCUGGUGGGCCUGUGGUCCAUCUUGCUGUGCUCGGUGUUUGCAGGGAUGUGCCUCUUCUCAGUCUAUAAGAAGUGUGACCCAUGGACCGCGCGGCGGGUUUCUCAGCCUGACCAGUUGAUGCCGUAUUUGGUGAUGGACCUCUUGGGAGACUAUCCUGGCCUCCCUGGACUGUUUGUUGCAGCUGCAUUCAGUGGAUCUCUCAGCACAGUGUCCUCCAGCAUCAGCGCACUUGCUGCGGUGACGGUAGAGGACCUGAUCAAACCGUACACCAAGAUGUCUGAGAGACACCUCGCCUGGACAUCAAAAGGACUGAGUGUCCUGUAUGGGGUUUUGUGCAUUGGAAUGGCCGGACUGGCUUCACUCAUGGGAGGGGCUCUGCAGGCAGUCAUCAGUAUAUUUGGGAUCAUUGGAGGUCCUUUACUUGGCGUGUUUACAUUGGGUAUCCUCUGUCCAAUGGCCAACUCCAAAGGGGCUUUGUCCGGUCUUGUGUCGGGCUUGGUGGUGUCUCUGUGGGUGGGCAUCGGGGCCCAGGUGUACCCCCCCUCUCCUGAGAUGAGCCGACCCCUGUCACUGACCACUCAGGGCUGUAACUUCACCCACGCGGAAAGCCUCAACUGGACCUCCGGCGCUCUGCCGACACAGCCGGCCUCCUUCAGCGCAGCCUCGGCACAGCACACCCAGCCUCUGUUGGCCGAUAGCUGGUACGCUGUGUCCUACCUUUACUUCAGUCCUAUCGGAACCAUCACCGCUGUCAGUGUGGGAUUGUUAGUCAGCCUGUUGACAGGAGGCUGGAAGCAGAAGGUGGUAUCGAGGCUCACAUUAAUGAAAGAAGACACAAAUCUUUAUCACUUAUUCCGGCUUGUUAAAGACAGAGUGGCGAGGCGAACAGGAGAGCUGGACCUGGCAACGGGCAGAGAGAAGAGUGGCAGCACUAAUCGGGCUUUCUGUGACGUUGAGCUGGACUUGACGAAAUGCAGCUUUCCCACAUGAAAUGUUUGUUCCGCGAUCACUGUUCUUAAACAAGAAAUGUCAACAAGGAGCUGAAAUACAGAAAAGGAAGUGUGUGAAGUUAGCGUGUUCGUCCUCCAGUGUCACCGGUGUUUGCCUGACCAUGUCAUUGGACUGCAGGGUCAACUUAAUCCACCUUGUUGCUAUGUUGGAAUGUGGGUUUGAUAUUAUAUUAUACUUUUGAUAUGCAUUUCAUCUCAACUGGAAGAAUAAUAAUAUUCCAGGCGGUUAUUAUCGGGUAUUUCCUAUUGUUGUGGUUCCUCUUUGACGUUUGUCCCAAGUCAGAAAUCAGUUCGGACAAAAGUUAAAAUAGCAAAAGGAGUCAUGUAGAGGUCAACUGAUUAUUAUUUUCAAAUGUUUGUAUACAUUUUCUCAUUCAAUGUGAACGUGUGCCCAAACUUUUGACUGUUGAAACAACUUUCCAUAGACUUUACCAUUUCCCAAUUUUUUCUAACAUGUUGGGGUUUCUAACUAGAAAGGAAAAGUGGGAUAUUUCCACUAAUAUUUUCUUGGUCUCAUAAAAGCCAUGACAGUAAAGGAGUUGUAUUGUUGAAGAAUGGCCUCUUUCAUAUUUAUUUUUGACACAAUUCUUUCCAUCAUGUACAAUCACUCAAGACGUUGACCAUGUAAUUGCGAAUAAAUACACAUUGUACAUUGUACAACAAAGUACAGUGAGUCUUAUAUGUACGCUUCUGACAUUUAGAAGUGUUUCUAGGAUAUGAACACAUAUAUACAGUAUUGGUGAAUUGAAGUUUGGUAUAAAAAA